AUGGCCCCGGACGACUUUUUCUCUGUUGUCGGGGGUCAUUUGAACCCGAGCAGCGAGCAAUUUGACGACACAAAGUCAUUUGCGGAUGCCAUUGCUGCCCGCUUCAACACAGCCGGAGACAAUGUUCUUACUGCAAGACUUUUUGUAUCACCCCUCCCCUUACUCACUCUCCCCGACCAACUUCAUCAGUCAUCCUCGUCGUCGUUGUUCACUCCAAUACAUCCUCGGCUGCUUUCUACCUGGCUCGAUGACCCCCGGACUCUUAUUGUCGAUAUCCGACCACAUGCCGCCUAUGCGACAGCUCGAUUAACCCGCGCCAUCUCCCUUUCGGUCCCAUCCACGCUGUUAAAGCGUCCGCUGUUCUCUCUCCAGCGACUUUCCGCCAUGUUGCCGUCUGUUUCCUCUCGCACUCGCUUCUCAGCAUGGCGCAAUGCUUCUAGAAUCGUUGUCUAUGACGCCGACUCCACAACCAUUGGAGAAACCUCCAACAUAAAUGGAUUGCUCCGGAAGUUCAAGGCAGAAGCGCCUGAUGUAGAGAUUCCUCUCGCUUGGGUUGUUGGGGGCUUCCAGGCGAUUUGGGUCACCCGUCGCGAUCUUAUUGAAUCAAGUUCUCCGACUACGGAACCCGAGACUGAAGACGAUGAUAUCGAGGAAAGCGAUAAGCUUGUUCCCAAGCAACGUGUUCUCAGGGCACACAAUCUUCCACGGGCUGCGUUCUCCAUGACCAGUACCACACAAGGAGUUCAAGCUCCCUCCCUACACAAUCACAAGGUUAACAAUGUUCGUCCAGUGGCGCCCAGCAAGCAGGUAGACGCACCACAAUCAUCUGCCUUCAAUCCUUUCUUCGACUCUGUACGGCAGAACACGGAGCUUGCGCAGGGAAUCACCGAGCGUAUACCACUUCGUCUACCCCGACGAGUCCGUAGGCGGAUAUCCGAACUGCCGUUCGAGUGGCUUCGUCAAAUAGCUAACAAGGCAGCUCCCGUGACACCUCCAAUGGAUGCAAUACGUGGCCAACAGGAUUCGAGUGGGGAUGAAAGUAGCGACUCCAGCGUUUCAGAUAUAUAUCGAGGGCGUCAAUUUCUUCCACCUUCAUCUCCAGCUGUUUCGCCCCUACCGACCCUCUCCCCACGACCACGCAAUGCUACCGAAUUGGCACACGAUGCAAGGAUCGACGAAGGAACAGAGUCUUUGGCAAUGCAAUUCUACCGAAUCGAACUCGCGGAGCAGCGGCGGCUCAUGAACGUCCUCCAACAUCAUGCUCGAGAAAGCGGUGAGCCCAAAGCUAGUCCCUCCAAGGUCGAUAAGGCACCGCUUCUCGAAGUCGAUCAGCAAGCGGAACAUUCAAAUGACGACCAUCCAUUUAGUAUUACUGCCGGCGUGGAAAAAGGCAGCAAAAAUCGGUACCGAAACAUUUGGCCUUUCGAGCAUGCAAGGGUUCGUCUUCAUCAGGAAUCCAAACACUCGAAACAACCCCAAAUACCUUUCGGUGAAGAGAAAGUCACUGCGGAACCCAAGCUUGCUGUUUAUGGACACGAUCGAGAAUCAACGAUACUCUCACCAUCACGCCAGCCAUCACCAGAAUAUGACGAUUACGUCAAUGCAUCAUUUGUGCAACCGCUCGGCACGCGUCGGCGCUACAUUGCAACCCAAGGACCCCUGGAGUCAACCUUUGGAGACUUUUGGACACUGUUGUGGCAACAGAACAUCCAUGUAAUCGUGAUGCUCACCAGGGAAGUCGAAGGUGCGGUCAUCAAAUGCGGAAACUAUUGGCAUUCUGGGCGCUAUGGGCCUCUACGAGUCGAGCUGCUCGGGUGCUCUGCGAAGGGUUGCACCGGCGUUUGCAGCAUUUGUGGUGGAGUAGACUCUGAUGCCAUCAAUGGUGGCGGUGAUGGCUUCUUCUCCCAUAUGCGCAAACCCCAGGCUACUCGAACAACAACACAAUUAGUCAAACGCACAAUCCGCCUAACUCACGAAGCCCAUCCCAGCGCUCCACCUCGCCGUAUAGUCCAAUUACAAUACCUUGGAUGGCCUGACAUGAAUGUCCCCGAAGAUGCGCGUGGUGUUCUUAGUCUCGUUUGGGAAGUGGCCAAAGUUGUGGACGAUAUCGAGCGGGACUCUCCAAACGUAAAUCUCGCAGACUUCGACGGCACUGGUGAUUCGGACAUGGACGAAAAGACAGGGGUAUUACGACGGGCAAUUCGUGAUGGGAAUGCUGCAGCUCCAGUCCUGCUACAUUGUAGCGCGGGAGUCGGUCGUACCGGUGGUUUUAUCAUCGUCGAUGCAAUACUCGAUGCUAUACGGCUGGAACUCAGGGAAAUGUUCGCCAAUGGAACCUCGGAACGCGUGAGCAGUGGAGGACUGUCUCGCAGUGGAAGUGACAGCCCGAGUGGCAGCGAAAGCUUCGCCGUUCCGCCCAGCUUUGAAGGAAGUGGAAGCUUCAGUGGAAGUGGUAGUGGAAGUGGAAGUGGAAGCGGUAGUGGAAGCGGAAGCGGAAUGGGUGCAUUGGUUGCGCGUAUUCGCGGUGGCGGGCUCAACGGUGCCACCUCCAGUAUGGAUAGCAUGGAAAUUGAUCCUAUCAAGCCCAGCCCAACUCCAAUGAUCGUUGACGAGGACAUCCAGCUAGGCAUGGACGAUAUGGGUGAAACACGAAGAUGGGCGCAACGUGUUGCUGACACCGGCAUUAUCUCAGCAUUCGCACCCUCCUUGUUUCCCAAUUCAGCGGCGUCCAGCCAAACCUCACUACCCUUAUCCUUUCCAUCAACACCCGCGCUCCCUUCUUUGGCGCCCCCAUUCCAGCUUCAACUUCCAGCACAGCGUUCACCAUUUCGACUUGCAGCACCACCCACACGCAGUUUACCGGCUUUACAAAAUCUCGAACCACAAGUCAGCAGUACAGAUGAGGAGUCCACAGGAGAGCCUGGUCGCAUUUCAUUCUCCAAGUCCUCGUCUUUAUCCGCUCGUCGCAAUCUUGAAUACCGUUUACGCACAACAUCAGAGCCUUCUGCUCUCAACGAUGCCAGCGCUCCUGUCGAACGUCCUUUGUCGAUGAAUAAACGGCCACCUGAGCUCGGGCUCGCCCAUUCGUUCGGGUUGCAUCGCAGCAUUAAGUCAGCCGACAGUGCUGACGUAACGCCACAAGACCCAACAGAUCGCUCUGUUGCUCCGCGACCAGCAGACUACAAACAACCACGAGCCCUCCAUUGGCACGGCGGUCCGGCACCCCUCCGCCUGAGCACUUUAGACAACCCAAUUUCGGACGUCUUGCAGGAUAUGCGUGAGCAGAGGAUGAGCCUUUGUCAGAGCUUGCGGCAGUAUGUGUUUGUACAUGCGGCAAUCAUUGAGGGAGCGUUGAUGGUUGCCGACGAAGAGCGGAUCCGGGCCAAGGUCGCGUUAAGAUUGCCUCGCGUCGGAGCAUUGAGCCCGAGGGGGUCACGACCGAGGCUGGUAUUGAACGCGAAUGAAGAUGACAUGCAAAGCUCGCCAAGUACGGGGAAGAGGCUGGCCAGUCCGACAGAGCUUCAGCGCGAGGACAAGAGGGGCGAGAUUGCGUUGUCGAAACGGCCCAGCAUCAAACGCAAGACCGACAGCGACGAGGACCGCCGAGUACCAUUGCCUACGUUUCCGCCCCCUUGA